UGCCCCAAAAAUGUUUUUAUUUUGUAUUUUACAAAUUUUGAUUCAAUAUAAAUACGAUUUUGUAAUUUUGUUUUAUUUAACAGAUAAAAAAUAGAAUGGCCCUUAGAUGUACAACGAUCACAACUCUUCUCGAAGCUCGAGAGAAUAAUGCUCGCGAACACAAAUACGAUUAUUCGCACGUUUUUCGCAAAAAAUCUACAAUUGAUUUCGCAAGACUCUCGGCCUUGUCCGUAGGAAUUGGCUUUAUUUACUCUGCCCAACUAGCUUUUGCAUCACCAACCUUACUCCAAAUCGGUGUUGAUUACCUAACAAUGACUCGGAUUUGGAUCAUAACUCCAAUUCUAGGUUUAUUUUUUGGACCAUGUAUUGGAAUGAUCAGUGAUCGUUGCAGGCUAAGUAUGGGACGAAGAAGACCGAUAAUGAUACUUCUAUCAAUAGGCAUUUUGGUUGGUUUCGUCUUUCUAUUUUAUGGAAAACAUAUUGGAAAACUCUUUGGUGAUGAUCAUUUUGAUGCGAUUACAGUGGAGGAAAGUAAUACACCAUUAGAAGGAAUAGAAAGGAAACGAAGCGCAACGUUUUCUGUGAUAAUCACAAUAUUGGGAGCCAUCCUACUGGCUUUGAAUAUGGAAAUUUGUCAGAUUCCAACUAGGGCUUACAUAUUGGACGUGUGCAUUUCCGAAGAUCAAGGAAAGGUCAUAAGUAUUUUUAGCUUAACGAUUGGUUUGGGUAGCACCGUUGGAUAUGCAAUUGGUUCAAUAAACUGGGGAUCUACUGCCAUCGGAAAGAUAUUGGGAGGUAGUAUUGAGACUGGUUGUAUGAUCGUUGGAAUCAUUGCUAUUGUUUGUUUCCUUGUUACGUUUGCAAGCUUCAGGGAGAUUCCACUGCCUUUGCUUGAAAAAGAUAAACUGCUUAAUCCAUUGACAGCAGCGGAAAUAACAAGGGAAAGUCUUAAAAAUAAUGUGUUUGUGAUAAACGCCAGCGAUGCCAACUUGCCAGAAACUAAUGAAAAUACCAAAACUGAAACCAAAAAGAAUGCUUUGAGAAAACAUAUUAAAAGUAUUGUUUUGAUGCCAAGGUCCAUGUGGAUUUUGACAUUGACACAUCUUUUAACUUGGAUGGGACAUGCCUGCUAUAGCUUGUAUUUCACAGAUUUUGUCGGUGAAGUAAUAUUUCACGGUGAUCCAGCUGCACCUAUUGGUUCGGAAAAACAAAUUUUGUAUCAGGACGGAGUUCGUUUUGGAGUUUGGGGCAUGUUUGUAUUUGCAGUUUCAUCUUCAAUUUAUUCAUUUGUGAUUGAAAAACUUGUUACGAGAUUUAGUCCAAGGAUUAUUUAUGUUACUGGAAUAAUGACAUACGCAACUGGAAUGUUUAUUUUAGCAGCUUGGCCCAAUGAAGUCGGAGUUCUUCUUCUAAGUAAUACAGCUGGGAUUUUUUCGAGCACAGUUUAUAUAAUGCCAUUUAUUUUAGUUGCCAAUUAUCAUGCAAAAAGUUGUUUUGAAAUCCGAAAAGGAUUGGAAGUUCCUCUUAAAGAAUAUCGAGGACUUGCAACUGAUAUUGCUGUUAUUAGUAGCAUGGCAUUUGUAGGGCAAAUUUUGAGCUCUUUGUUUGUUGGCUUAUUGGUAUCGUGGAUGAAAACAAAGAGUGCAAUAUUUUUUGCUGCCAGUGGUGUGAGUGUGUGUGCAGCUAUAUCUGCAAUGUUUGUAUUGUAUAUUAAGAUUUAAUCAAAGAAAAUAAUAUUUAUAGAAAUGUAAUUAAGUAGUUAAAAAAUAAAUUUAUAUUUAUAUUCAGGCAAACUUAAGUUUGUGCUAUAAAAUCGUAUGUUAAUCCAACGCAGUGUGCUUAUACUAGCAGUUUUUAAUUGUUGGCUCACAGAAAGUCUAGGUCUAGGUAUACUCGUAGUGUACGAAGGUUCUUAAUAUGCGUUUUAUAAAUUUACAGUAAUAAUUUUCUUUAUUGAGUAUUAAAAAUGAACAUAAACAGAAAAUUUUAUCUCCAUUGUUUGAAUUUUAAUAUAAAACAAAAAUGUCACGCAUACGCCAUAGUGGCCCAAUUGUGAAAAAGAAAAAAAGAUGUUGUUAAAAAAUUUACUCUAUUCAGAACUUAGCAUCAAA